CUUGUUAGUUUCUUGUGAAGCUGCGCAUGCGCAUUAGAGUCCUAUCUGUCAGUCUGCAGUGAGAGCAGUACGAUGGAUAGUGGGGAGGCUCCUGCUCAGCGGCCAGUCACCUUGGACAUCACAGUGGAAGAUGUAAUCAAGGAAGCCCCAGACCCUCCGGAGCCAGUCAGUCAGACCCCUUCCAGAGACAGCAUCCUUCCCCAGGAAGACAGCAUCGACCUUGGCGGAGAGUUUGCCACACCCCAGGAGGACAGCAGCGCUACACCUUCAGAUAGCCUGAUGGACAAGCUCAACGACCAGAUGAUGGAGAGCGUCAUGAUUUCUGACUCGCCUAAUAACAGUGAGGAGGACGACGUGGGUCCCAUUGACUCCUUUCUGGAUGGAGGGGAGGAGGAGGAGACUGCACAAGAGACUUCAGGUGAUAAAGAGCAAAGUGAUAUUGGACAGAACACAACUGAGAUUACAGUUUCAGUGGAGGAACAGGAGAAAGUUGGUUCUGAGGAGAACGUGGAAGAGGACACAAAGGAGCAGACAGACGCACAGGAGCAAGUCUCAGCCUCUGUUUCACCUCAGGGUGACACACAGAGCCCAUCUGUUCUGAAAAGUGAAGAACCAGCAUCACAAGAAGCUAAAGGGGAGAGCCCAAAAAACGAGUCUGUGCCAGUGUGCACCAUAUUCAGCCAGGGCACCCAGCCCAAGUCUCUGGUGCCUGACGGCUUCCAGCCCACUCUCAUCAAGUCCCCAAGCUUUAGCAUGGGGAGUGGUGGGGGGAGUGCGGAGGCAGUAACCCCCAGCAAGCUGACAGCCCCCCUCGUGUGCCAGCCCAGCCCCAGCCUCAGUAAGUUCUUCACUGACAAUGGACAGACCAAUCCAGCCUCUGACUUCUUUGAUUCCUUUACGGUCGCCUCCUCCUUCAUCUCUGUUUCAAACCCAAAUGCUGAGAUCCCUCCUGGUCCCAGCGCAGCACCCAUAGCCCACACCCCUGAGCGCCAGCUCUCUUCCACCUCCUCGUCCAUCUCCACCCCAGGAGGACCUCUGGACUCUGGUGCUCCUACCCCUAGCUCAGUGUUCGGCCCUGCCCCUACUGAAUCCACUACUAAGCCACAACCUCCUCCACCCCAAGCAAUCCCAGCUCCAGCUCAAGCCCCUGCCCCCCCAGCCGCUCAGCCACAGCCAUUCAACCAGCUCCAGGCUGUGUUCCCGGGCAGCGAUGAUCCGUUUGCGACAGCGCUGAGCCUGAGUGAGGUGGACAGACGCCAUGAUGCCUGGCUGCCAUCUGAGGAGACCAGGAAGGUGUUGAUCUCUGUAGCCACCCAGCAGUAUAACCCAGCCUAUGUAGAGACCAACAGACUCACCAUGCCUGGACUCAAGUUUGACAACCUGCAGGGCGAUGCUGUAAAAGACCUAAUGCUUCGUUUCCUGGGAGAACAGGCAGCAAUGAAGCGUCAGGUCCUCACCGCCAACUCUGUGGAACAGUCUUUCACAGGCCUCAAGCAGCUCAUCAGCAGUAAGAACUGGCGGGCUGCGGUGGAUCUGACGGGCCGGCUGCUGACAGCUCAUGGUCAGGGAUAUGGAAAGGCUGGCCAGCCAACCUCCCACACCACCGACUCACUGCAGCUCUGGUUUGUGCGGCUGGCCCUCCUGACCAAACUCAACCUCUUCCAAAACGCUGAGCUGGAGUUGGAGCCCUUUGGCAACCUGGAUCAACCAGACCUCUGCUAUGAGUACUACCCCACUGUUUACCCUGGGAGAAGAGGCUCCAUGGUGCCGUUCUCCAUGCGACUUCUGCAUGCCGAGCUUCCCCAGUACCUGGCCAAGCCCCAGGAGGCUCUGGACCGCCUGCACAAUCUCAAAACCGUCUGCCUCGCUAUUCUGGAGAACUUGGAGAAAGGCUUGGCUGAGGAUGGCAGCAUGAUCACCCUAACACAGGAGAACAGGCAAGUGUCUCUUAAGCUUUGGAGGUCUCGCCUCAGCCGGGUCAUGUACUCUAUGGCCAACUGUUUGCUGCUGAUGAAGGACUACAUUCUGGCUGUGGAGACCUAUCACUCCAUCAUCCAGUAUGAACCCCAGCAGAGAGUGCAGCUGCUCAGCGGCAUAGGGCGCAUCUUCUUGCAGAUCGGAGACAUUAAAACGGCAGAGAGGUACUUCCAGGAUGUGGAGAAAGCCUGCCAGAUGAAAGGAAGCCAGCCCAGUCACACCACAUGCGUGCUGAUGAACAGGGCCUUUGUCUACCUCAGUCAGAACAACUACGGUGAAGCACACGCAUCCUUCAUUGAAGUCUUGAAAAUCGACCCAAAAAAUCCAGUUGCCAACAACAAUGCAGCGGUGUGCCUGCUGUAUCUAGGCCGUCUGAAGGAGUCCCUGGGCCAGCUGGAGGGCCUGGUGCAGCAGGACCCCGCACUCUACCUCCACGAGAGCGUUCUCUUCAACCUGACCACUAUGUAUGAGCUGGAGUCGUCUCGCAGCACCCAGAAGAAGCAGGCUCUGCUGGAGGCCGUGGCCUGCCGGGAGGGGGACAGCUUCAACGCACAGUGCCUCAAAUUGGUUUAAGGGGCAAGAGGGUGAACUGGGAGAGGACACACACACUAAUUCUCCUCCAGUGUGACAGGAAGUAAAAACCCCAAAAGUAGAAUCUGUAGAGAACGCUCAGAGAUUGUGGUGACAGAAAAGUGAACGUUUAGUGCUUGGCUUGGUUUCCCAAAAUCAAGUUUUAUUCUUACAAAACAGAUGUGGGAAGGCGAGCCCAGAUACACCUUUCCGUUUGUGUCCUUCUGAAGAGUGACCCUGUAAUGAUUUACACAUUUCCUUACACACACUGUUGGAUUCUGGAAAGGAAAUGGGCCUGCAGAAGUCCUGUGUGUGCAUGAGUUGAUUAAAAGUAGUUUAACGUUUUUGGAAAUUCUCUUAUUUGCUUUCUUGUUGCGAGUCAGAUGAGAGGAUUGAUACCACUCUCAUGUCUGUACCGUAAAUAUUAGGCUACAGCUAGCAGGCAGUUAGCUUAGCAUAAAGUCCAGCUCUGUCCAAAGGUUAAAAAAACAUUAAUCUAGUCUCAGGGACCUCAUGGCGAGGGUCACAUGACCGAGAGGGGUACAUCACUAGCACUACCAGUUGCGAGCUAACCUGCUAGCAUGUUUACUGCCAACCGUGAGCUGUUAUUACUAUGUUGUCUUAUAGGCCACGCUGGCUGUGGGUUUACGAUGGUGUUUUAUUAUUUUAUGUUACAGUGGAUACAUUUCAGUUAUUACAGUUUUUACGCACACUCUUCGUUAAGUGAUAUAUUCUUCAGCGAGACAUUGUGAACAGAACUAAUGAAAGCCUUCACUGGAUGUGACAUAUAUAUGAAAGACAGAGGGGGACAUUUGUGAUAAUGCAAUUGUAAUACAAAAAAGUCCUCAAAAUCUGAUCAGCUGAAAGCUACAGCAUUAAUAUUCAUGAAGGAUAUAUGUUUUGUAGAGAGGUUGUCUUGUUACCGGUUUUUAGUUUGCUUCUCUCAUAAUCUUUUUUUGUAUUUUGCAUCAGCUAUAUUUGAAGCAGUUUUAGAAACUGCUUUGUCAAAAAUAAAGUGCAGCAGGUUGUUUUAAAAAGGUGGCAUGUUAUUUUUUUAUGGGACAGCUGUAUUAUGCGUUUAGCAGUUUCCCCCUGCUUCCAGUCUUUGCGCUAAGUUAAACAUACAAGUAGUUUUUAACUGGUUAUGAAACAGUCUCAACUGAAUACUGAUGCCUCUAUAUGACCCAGUGAGAAGAUUGAAUCAAAUCCGGUGGGAAGCAUUAAGAAUAACUCAUAGAAGUAGCCAGUGAGAUUCCCUUUGAAAUCAAUGAAACGAGGCGGUAGAAACACUACAGUUUUUGUCCAGAGGGGCCGCCACAAUCAACACAAAGUCAAAGUUCCUUAUAGGGGCUUUAAGUUAACCAGCUGCUAGCUCAAGCUUCAUGAUUAGUGCGCAGACAUGAGUGGUAUUGAUUUUUUCAUCUAAAUAAUCUAAGCAAAUAAGAGUAUUUCACAAAAAUGUCAAACUAUUCAUCUAACGUUUAUUUUUAGGAAAGAAAUCCUAGAGAUGAAUCAUCAAAUUAAGCACAGAGAGACUGGAGGAGAGAGCUCAGAACCCAGGUAGUGGUUUUAAGGGAGUCACAGGCUCGUCAUGCGAGACUUGACACGGGCAUUAUCCUAAGAUUCAGUGUGCUUAAAGACUAAUAAACUAGCACAGAGGUCCAAAGCUUCUUCCUCAGCAGACACCAGUAAUACUGGAUUAACAAAGACCACUCCAUUUCAGCUGCCAGGUUUAUAACUCAUGCAGUGGAAAUAAAAAAGCCCUUCAGGUGGGGUCGCAUCCUGUCCACUAAACAAAAAUGUAAAAUAUUAGGAAUCCAAAAUUGUACAUAUCAGAGAAGCUGAUUUGUUGAUUUCUUUGUUUAAAUGAUUAUAUCAAAAAUCAUUAUCUUGGUAAAUCUUUUAGUGAUUUGUCCUGGUGGAUCUUUAAUUAUCACUGUUUACAUAUUGUGUUGAUCAUAUUUAUGUUUAUUAAAAAAGAAAUUGUUUUAUCCCAAAUAAAACUUCUUUUAAAUCAA